AAAUAUUAAUAUCGGCGAAGUGAGCCAUGUUCAUGACGUAAACGGUUAGAAAACAAAAGCAAAAUGAGGCGGGUGUGCAAUGUGAGCCUGCAAGCGUAGCAUGUCCUCCCCAAAGUCGACUUAUUUUUGAAUUUCUGUUGCUAUGUGCGCCUCUAGAAAUGCGAAAAUCCCCUCGUUUGCAUCGAAAUAAUGAAAAAAUUGUGAUACUAGUUUAGUAAGUUAAAUGUGAGGAAUUAGUGCGUACUGCGUAGUUGGCCGUGGAAACCGAUGCUUCUCGACGUAGACGUCAUAUUGGGUGAAUUGGCAAGUUUUCUUGUGAAAAAUCGUCGAUUUUCCUCGCUGCAGCGAGAAAAACCGGUGGAAAAGAACUAGUCAGGCAGGUUCACACCCAUCUUAUCGCAGGAAUUCGCAGCGAAAAUGUCGACGUUUAUUAGCAAGCCACUGGGUGGGUGGAUUCACUCCGAUAAACUAAUUUCGAAGCAAGGGGCGACUUAUGCAGUUAGGUAUGUUGGAUGUCUGGAGGUGAAAGUCUCCAUGAAAAUCCUCAAUUUCAAAACCCGGUCGACUGUUGCCAAAGAAUGUAUAAAUAAGGUCUGUGAGGCCGCCGGGUUAAAAACGGCCGAUAAGAAACGAAAAGUCGACAAGAAAGUCUUAAAAGCCAUUGCUGAAGUUCCUAAUAUGACCCACGCAGGGGCGAACGUUAGUCUAAAUGUAUCAAGUUCGAACCUAUCUUUAACUUCGCUAGAUGACAAUAAAGUCAUUGCGUGUCAUGACAUGCCCCACAUCUCGUUUGCUUCAGGGGGCGAUAUUGACACUAUGGACUUUGUUGGUUACAUUGCGAAAGACAUCAACGACUUUAGAGCCUGCUAUGUUCUAGAAUGUGGGGGUGGGUUAGCCAAAGAUGUUAUAGCAACCAUAGGGCAAGCUUUCGAACUGAGGUUCAAACAAUACAUGAAACCAGCACAAAUCGGGCUUGCGAUGGGCCAGCCGUCGACGUCCACAGGUGGCGACGCCGAUAAAGACUACUACAACGAUCUUCCAGGCAAAGUACCUCCCGAUGUGGGUCCUCCACCUGUCCCUCCGCUUCCUUCCGUCGUGCCACCAUUUACAACCCUACCAUCAGUCCAAAGUCCUAACUUAAUAGACCUUAAUUCCGACAUUUCCGUUUUCGAUACGCCACAUCACGAUUACGUUAAUGAUAGUAUUACGAUUAAAGAAAGGGACGUUUUUGAUAUGCAACCGUUUACGACGCAUCACCAACCACCGAUUAGAAGUAUUGAAGAACACUUAGCGGAAUUACAGCAUGAAAUUUGGUUUCAUGGACAGAUCAGUCGCGCAGAUGCUGAGCGACUUCUCCAGAAGGAUGGGGAUUUUCUCGUGCGGGAGUCGCCGAAUUCGGAAGGACAAUUCGUGCUUUCGGGGAUUCAAGAUGACACGAAGAAACAUCUCCUGUUGAUAGAUCCUGAAGGAGUGAUUCGGACGAGGGAUCGGAUGUUCAACAGUGUUAGCCAUCUCAUCAACUUCCACUGCGAGAACGUCCUCCCCAUUAUAUCGGCUGAAAGCGUUCUAGUACUUCGCAACCCAGUACCAAGAAUAUCAUAGUUUUUAGUUGGUGAAUAUUAAUCUGGCUUGCACUAGCUUCUAUGUUCUAGUACUGUUCAUUGCAAGUUUAGCAAAUUAUAGUACAAAGAUUUUCAUGCCAUAUAGUAAAAAUUCGAAACGGUUUUUGCUAAACUUGUUUAGUGAGAUCUUUUCUUUUAUUCCGGGCGAACGGUUAUGUUUUCCAUAUGGCACAGCAUAAUCAUAUCAAAAGUAUUCAAGGAACUUUAAACAAGUAUUAAUUUUUUACGCAUUUAUAACGUGUUAUGGUAACAGUCGAAGCCUCAUGCUUAAUCAAACAUAACUUGAUGUGAUUUAGGUAGUUUUAAUUGUGCAUAUAUGAUUGCGACAAUUUGUGAUAGAUCCCAGGUUUGGACAACAUGAAGGGUGGAUUAAAUUUUACAAACACGAUUUACGUUUUUAUUUAUUAUUUAUUAUGAUUUGGAUAACACAUUACAUAAAAUUAUUUUCGGUUUUCCGGCUGAGUUUCCAUUUCCUUUCGUGUCUUCUUACGCAGGACCUAAACAAAAACUACACUUUAGUAACAACAUAAAUAAAAAAUAAUUGAAGUAGAGAGAACAUGGCGGCGUCUAAAAGUAAGGUUACGGGUAUGCGCAACAAAAGUGACAAUUAUCUUAUUUCACUAAUUCAAACUUGGUUCAUCUGAAAACUAACCAUGUAGUUAUAAAAUAGCUGAAUGCACCGUUAUCCUGACCUGACUGUUUACGCUAUUUCGUCCGUUUUGUUUUAUUAAUUGGUGGUAUACUUUUGCAACAUAAUGCCCUUCAAGUUUUCUAACUUGGGAUAUUUUAACAGAAAUUGAAGAAUGUUUUAAAAUGUUCGAAAACAACUAUUUUUUUACUAACUGGACCAGUAAAGUUGUUAAUCUAUGACUAAAAAGACACUUCCAACGCUCUCUAGAUACAGAAACGUACUUGAAUUUGCAAAUGUCUUGAACGUUUUAGAAGAUUUUCAACGUUUGAUAUAUCUUUUGGACGUUUUUAUACUUAUGCUGUGUUGCAUUAUUUUUGAUGCAAAGUUUUGAUUUUUACUGCUUUUGAAUGCAAGACUGCGGCAUAGUCGUGUUUCCACUUUUGGAAAAUGCGUUCAUGUGGACAUGACUGUGCACCAAAACGUUAGAAUAGAGACGCAAUUUGCGGAAUAGUCUACAAGUGACCUUAAAUCGCACAGAAACCGAUUGAAUUUGGCGCGCUCGAGACGAACCAAAAGUCUGUGCAACAUUCCUGAAUUGAUUAGGUUUUUGUGCAAUUAGUACAGGUGCUACGUGUCGAUUUUUAGGUUAGAAUUGGAUAUUUUCUUUAAAAUUUCAACAUUAGUUCCGUCUGGAACGUUCGAAUGUAGGGUUUUUCUUACGUUAGAGUUGGUAGAAUUUUGUUGGUACGAAUUUUGGAUUUUGUGCACCUAGUCCCGGAAACGGAUACCGCGUUUUCACAAGAUUUGAUUGGACAACGGCCGUAGGAAAAUAAUUCUCAUGCAAUAGACUACGUUACGCGAAACUUACCUUAUGGUAAUAGCGAAUAAAGUUCAUGCUCGUGACGUCAGGGAAGUGUCACGUUUCCCCGCCCGCUCCGCGGCCCGCCGAGGUCCCCUCGGUUCGCACAGUUGGCUCCCCUGCCCCCGUCUUGCGCUUUUAGCUACGCUGUCGAUUCAGAUAGAAAGUCAAAAUGGCUGCGAGCACCAUUCGCAUACAAUUAUGGUGGCAUCAAUAAUAACUAACUUAACCCUAUCUAGUGGCGAAUUGUGAUAGUAUAACCUAAAAAGUGUGUUUUAUAAACAAGCUAAAGGGACUAGCUAGUUUUGUGAUCGUAAUUAAACGUGAUUUUCAUUUAAAACUCGUCGGCGUAGUUGUACAAAAUGGCGUCAGUCAGUGGUAUUGCAUGAACUUUACCCUAAAAUCGCCAAAUUUUCGCUGAAAGGGUUGAUUCCACGGGGAUCGGACGUUAUGCAAACAUCAAAGGACACUUGCCGUUCGAUUUGCAAAAAUUUUCGUUGUGCUUGUUCGUAGUAAUCACGAGAAAUUCAGGAUAAACGUGGUACAAGAUGCCAGAGGUAAGAAAUUCCCUUUAAUCACUAAUUUGGGGGUUGCUGUUUGAUCAAAAUCAGUUUUUCGUCAAGUAUAUCGUGUUUUUUAAAUACUGCGUCAAUGUGAUCCCAAGGGCGUGGUCUGAUUACUUAGAAGAUUUUACUCACUUUUCCCUUGCAUAUUUUUGUUUACAAGUGGUUUUUGCUCAUUUUGGGGCCCUAGCCGGCCGUGUUCCACACAUUUCUUCAUGUAUUCGCAUUCUCCAUACUCCAAAGGAGCUAUCAAGCCAAAAUUUUUCAAUUUUUGAGAUGGACCCUUUUGAGCAAUUUUAAGCCAAAGUUAUGGGUUUAUACUGUUGCAGCGUCCCUUACUGCAUUCAGACACGUUAACCCAUGUUUCAGUGUCUUUUUUAAUUCCCUUGACAACCCCGCUUUUCUCAUAAAUGCCCACAAACGUAAUUUAAGCUUUUUCAUUCAUGAUAACUUUGUAUUUCAAUUUUUGACACCACUUUUGCCAUGGGGUUGAUCGGACUGACGAAUAUAACCUUUACAAACCGUUGCCGUAUUAUUACAUUUUAGUAUUCGCAUUAUUGAGGGCCGUUAUAAGAAUCUAAGCGUACUUUUGGCUACAAAAUUGGUACCAAAUUAAAAACAUCGCGUCCAAAUUUUACCCCCCGGGACCCAUAACAGAAAAAAUUCGUAUAUAUGGUUUCUUCUAAACGUUUUUGACAAAAUAGAGACAUAAAGUUCAAAAUAUUAAAAAGGAAUUUACUUAGCUUUAGCGCAAAAUAUUUUUUUUUUAAUUAGUGCAUUCAAAAUUAACCUUAAAAUUGAUGGUACUUGCCCUUGUGUAACAAUUAGGUCUUGUAUAAAAUUGUUUUUAAAUAUGAUUGUACUUUUAAACAUCAAAUUAUGAAAUUUUUGAAAUGUUUAUUUUUAUUAUUACGUACCUACUUUGUAUUUAUUGUGUUAUAUAAAAAAUAAACAAUAUUAUUGUU